AUGAGAAGCAUUACCAGCACAAGCGCAGCAACAAAGGCUUCUCCAUCAAUGUCACCAGCACCAUCUCUGUGGCACUCUCCUGUGCCGUACCUCUUCGGAGGGCUGGCGGCGAUGCUGGGUCUGAUAGCAUUAGCUUUAUUGAUCUUGGCUUGCUCUUACUGGAGGCUCACCGGGCAACUGGAUGAGAGAGAAAGGCGAAGCGAGAAGGAUUUGGAGAGCGGCGACGAAGGAAAAGAUGCGAGGGAUUCCGAGUGUAAGGUGCCAAAGGUUUACGAGGACAAGAUCUUGGUGAUCAUGGCUGGCGAUGAGAAGCCCACGUUCUUGGCCACCCCUAUGCACGCUAAAGCAGCAUCUUGUGGGGAUGGGAAUGUCGAGAAGGGUGAUCAGAAGAAGAAGAAGGGAGACAAAGCAGAGAACUUUGAGACAACGAUAAAGGAAGUGGAUGAUCAAGAUGAAGAUACCAGGAUAGAAGAAAAUAAAGUGAUCUCCAACUCCCAGGAGACCCCAAAAGCCCAAGGUCACAACCAGUGA